UCGAAACAGUUGUGCGAGCGGUGAUAAAAAAGAGCUUGUCUGAAUAUUAGAUACGACUUCGCUUAUUUUAGUUAUACGUUUUUGUGUGUUCAUAUGGUUUUAUAGUUUUUAAUAUGUCCAAUAAACAGCCACUAAUCAAUUCGGAUGAUGAACUAAGCAGCGAUGACGAUGUUAUAAUUAUUGAUAAAGCAAAGAGUUCAGAAAUAACACAAAAUGCUUCCACAAGCGACCAUCGGCCAAUUGCUGUAAACGGGGAUUACCAAAAUAACGAAGAUGUUCCACCCCUAUUACCCAUUGACAUAGAGCCCGAAACUGCAGCUCCGUCGUCUUUCGAAAGCAUUGGCCAUGCGGGCAAUAUCAAUUCAAAUGCAAAUUCCGAGCCCAUUUUUCAUGUUCGCUCACGUACAGCAGCAGCUUUAGCUGGAGUUCCGCAAGAAAAACAAGCGCAAUAUGAGAGCCUCGACUACGAUGUGUGCGAGAACAAGCUCUUUCAAGAUGAGCAGCUUAGUCAUCUAAGGGAUCGCUUCUCGCUGCGUACUCAUUUUAUACGCUGGAUCAUCUUUAUACUAAUCGGUAUUAUAACCGCUGUGAUAGCAUGCACCAUUGAUAUAGUCAUCGAGGCUCUUUCGGAAUUAAAGUACAACUUCCUCAAGUCAUCUGUGGACGAGAAUGUGCCAGUGAAUGAGAGCGGAGGCGAUCUAGCUCUGCCGUAUUUAUGGUGGCUACUGUUCAGUGCUCUGCCGGUGGCCAUUGGUGCCGGCAUGGUCACCUACAUUGAACCCAUUACCGCUGGCAGUGGCAUACCCCAAGUGAAGAGCUAUUUGAAUGGUGUGAAGAUUCCUCGCAUUGUACGAAUCAAGACGCUGGCCGUAAAGGCUAUCGGAGUCAUCACAUCUGUGGUGGGCGGAUUGGCUGGCGGCAAGGAGGGACCGAUGAUACAUGCUGGCGCUGUUGUGGCCGCCGGUAUUUCCCAGGGCAAGAGCACCACAUUUGUCAAGGAUUUUCGCAUCUUUAAAGCCUUUCGCGAUGACCACGAGAAGCGAGACUUUGUGCUGGGCGGCGCUGCUGCGGGCGUCACAGCUGCUUUUGGUGCGCCCAUCGGCGGGAUGCUCUUUUCACUGGAAGAGGCGGCCAGCUUCUGGAAUCAGAAUCUUAUUUGGCGCACUCUCAUCGCCUCCAUCAUCAGUUCGUUUACUCUUAACAUUGUGCUCUCUGCCUAUCAUGGCGUGAGCGCGUUGACUUUUACGGGUCUCUUCAAUUUGGGGAAGUUCGACCAUCCGCUGACCUUUGAAUAUUUCGAGCUGCCUCUGUUCAUGCUGUUGGGCGUGAUGGGCGGUCUACUGGGCGCAGCCUGGAACUCUUUGAAUACUCACAUCAACGGAUUCCGCAAACGUUUUGUGCCCUGGCGAGCUGGCAAGGUGUGCGAAGCAGUGCUGGUUGCCAUAUUGGGCGUUACCUUGGCUUGCGUCAUGAUUUACUACAUCAAUGACUGUCGUCCUUUGGGCAACGAUCCUACCAUACAUCCCGUGCAGCUCUUCUGCGAGGACAACGAAUAUAAUGCCGUGGCAGCGCUGUGGUUCCAAACGCCAGAGGCUACGGUACGUGCGCUCUUCCACGAUCCUCCAGGCUCUCAUAAAAUCCUUACGCUGGCUGUUUUCACAGUUGUCUAUUACUUUUUAUCCUGCACCACAUUUGGACUGAAUGUGUCCUUGGGUGUUUUUAUACCCACGGCUCUGGUGGGCGCUGCCUGGGGUCGUCUUGUAGCCAUGCUUCUCUUCUAUAUAUUCCCGCAAGCACAAUUUCUGCAUCCUGGCAAAUACGCCCUCAUUGGAGCCGCUGCCAAUUUGGGUGGCGUCCUGCGCAUGACCAUUAGCCUGUCCGUUAUUCUGAUGGAGACAACGGGCGUGGAAACGUCCUUCUUCUUUCCACUGAUCAUAGCGCUAAUCAGUGCCAAAUGGGUGGGCGACUACUUCAAUGAUGGCAUCUAUGACACUGUCAUCGAAGUGAAUCAUGUGCCCAUGCUGCCAUGGGAGCCACUGCCACAAUACAAAGGACUCACUGCUGAAGCGAUUCUGAGCAAGCCAGUGGUCUGCAUCAAGCUGCGCGAUCGUGCCCAUUACAUCUAUAAAGUGCUACAAAAGUGUAAUCACAAUGGAUUUCCCGUUGUAGACGAUGUUCAGGACGAUCGUCGCUCUGAGGGGCGUGUCUGUGGCAUUAUCCUGAGGUCACAACUAAUUGUCAUAUUGCUCAAAUCGCUCUACGUAGAGAAUCAACGUUUCUGGCAGCCGGAGACAACUAUACAAACAUUCCGAGAUGUUUAUCCCCGAUAUCCUUCGAUUAGCAGCGUAAGGCCCUUGGAUCGGAAAACUAAUUAUACCGUUGAUCUGUCCAUGUUUAUGAAUCCGUCGCCCGUGCGCGUCAAUACGUAUGAUUCGGUGCCCAGGAUCUUCAAUAUCUUUCGGGCCUUAGGUCUGCGCCAUCUGCUGGUCAUCAACAGUGAGAAUCGCAUAGAAGGCAUUAUUACGCGUCGUGAUUUUAUAUAUAAAUGAUUUUUAUUAUUAAUCAGCAUCGUUUCUAAGCACACAUCACACAAGGCAUGGAUUCAUAAUUAUGAUUCGCAUAGCUCAUCAAGUCGUACCGAAUUUAGUUAAGUGUCAAAGUGUUAUUAUGUAAAACUUAAAAAAGUUUUUUUUAAAAUGUUUAUAGCUGAUCUACUUUUAUAUCAGUUGAAUAAAUAAUCUCCAAAAUGAUAUU